AUGGGCAGCACCGGCAGUGGCGGAGGUGGUGGGGUUGGAGGAGUAGGAGCCAGUACUAGCGGCGGCACGGCGGCCAGUAGCACGCCCUUCGCCAGCAUCUCGGCACUGGUCAGCGGACCGUCCAGUGCCCCACCACCGCCGGUAACUGCCAGUGGCUCGUCGGCAGUCAGUGGCGGCACCAGCAAGCGCAAGAAAGCCAACAAGCAAAAGCGUUGAGAGCAGGAGGAUGAUCAGCCACAAAAGGAGUUGGAAACAAUUGCGGCAGUGGCCAGGCCCGAGGACAUCAAGUUUAGAUUUAAUUGCAAGCACUGGAAGCGCAAGCUGCGGCAGUUUCAUUUGCUAUUGUCCAAACAGUAGUCAGUCAGUCAGUUAGGAAGAUAUACAUAUAUGAAUGACCCACAGACCCACAGACAAAAAUUCCCAAGGGUAGGAUAAAGCAAUCACAAAACCACUUUUCAACUAGAUGGACAUUAAUUACACAACCGAGAUGUGUAUAAAAUGUAAAUAUAUAACGAAAUAUGCUUUAUUUACAUUAUACGGAACAUAGUUAUAUAGGUUUUAGGUUCGCAAAAGUCCUUUGUUCUAGUUAAGUAAGGUGGAGAAAUGAGAAAGAUAAAAACAUACCUAGAUCAUAAGAACAUGAUGAAUUUUAGAUUUGCCUAGACUCGAAAGUUAAUGGAUUCGUUUUGGGCUCGCAGUUUUAAGAACACUUUGUUAUCAAUGGAUAUAGACACGCGUAUUUCUUUUGGACUCGUGACCAUUCUGAGGACCUAAAAUCAGUAGUUGAUUGCGGAAUUUCGAUCUAGAUUGCUUCCCCUUCAAAGUUUUGUUUUAAUUUUCGCUUAGUGUGAGACUGAAAGUGCGCCUAAAACUGUAGAAAUCCAAGCCCAAUAUUAUAGUGAAGACGCAUACAACACAACCCAUACAUGAAUCAAAUGCUUUAUAACCAUAUUGUUUGAACGGAUAGAACGAAUGGGGGAGAAUACCUUAACGUAGAAUUAAACCAAAUUAUCAAGGUUCUAGAACUUAAAUCAUUAGCUUGUAACGACAACAGAUUAGAUAAGAGAGAAGAACACGAGUUAUUUGAAUUUAACUGGAGGCGUCCUGAAUCAAUGAAUAUUGAUUUGAAUUCAACUGAAUUAAGAACAUAGCCAAUAAAUAAAUCUAGAAAUGAAGUAAUUGCAAGGAAACAACACAUGGAAUGUAUUUUUGAUAGAACCGGAAACAUAAGCAGCUGAAAUUAGCGAAUCAAAACGCAAAUGUUAAUGCUAAGCUCUAAAUAAUGUCCUUUGAAGUUGCAUUCAAACAAAGAUUUAAAACAAGCUUGUAAGAAAAAUAAACCAAUAAAUACACACGUAUAUAUAUGGAUACACAAACCGCUAAUUGAACUGUAAAAUGUCUUAGUGUAGCCGUGAAUGAAAGUUAUAAUAUAACUUUCUUUAAACAAAAAAAACAUUAUUAGAGCGAGUUUUGGUUACCCUUCGAAUGGUGAUAGACCUAAUUGUUCUAUAUAAAACCCAGACAACAAAUUUACCACGAGGAAAUAUAUUCAAAAUUUUGAAUUAGUAAUUUUAAAUCGAAAAAUGUAUAAUAGCUUCCACUAGCGUAUCUAUAUAUUUAGGAAUCGAGGAAUGGAUACUGUAAACACCCAUCUGAAGUAACUUCAAAACUUUUUGGUUUCAUCUCAACUAUGCGUGUGCGGAGAACGCUUGGAUAUCUUUGUAUAUACAUUUGAAUAGUUUUUUUAGUUGUUAGUUGACCUAGGGAAACAGGUAUCUGAAUAUUAUAAAAAUCAAAUGUUGCAAAUUAAUUUAUUUUAGCGUUAUAGACCCGUAGAACUGAAUGCAAUAUGCUUACCUUAAACUCAACAUAAUUUAAUUCUAUUCCUAUUAUCUUUAGUUGGAUUCAUUUUAAUGUUUUAUAGCAAAACUGUAUAUCAUUGUAAAUUAAUUAAAGCAUACAAAGUAGCAUCUACAAGAGUUAGAACAACAAUAAAAAAGAAAUAUCAUUAUAACUUUGUUAAAAUUGUCGCAAGAGCAAUUAAAAAAUGAACCCAGCAACUUGAAGAAUCGAAAAUGAAGGCGAAUUACAGAAACGUAAAAAUAAUAAAAUAUUACAUUUAAAAUUUUAAGCUAACUUAAUGUGUAAGAGUAACCUUUAACCACACAAUAUUAUAGCACAUUUCGGAUUAUCAAGUAUGCAUAUGCAGCAAAUAUCUAUUAUAAACGGUAAAUGUAAACCCAAAAAGAAACACUGAAACAAUCUAUGUAACAGCCGAAAUAGCGAAAACAUGUAAUAAACAAACAACAUUUAAUGUAAUAUUGGUAUAACGUAAUUUUUAAAGUGAGGUACUAUAAAUAAAAAUUAUUGAAUAAUUACAUAA